AUGGCCGAACGAGACUCUAUGGCAAACGCCCUCCAGCAACCCGUGGGAUUCAACGCCGCGGCAAUCAACCCGACCGUCCUCUACGAAAACGACGAUCGAGUAUUCGAUAGGCAGGAGGAAAUACAGUGGCUUGAGAGGAGGUAUAUCAGCAAGGGAUCGUUUGCCACGGUAUACAGUGUGGUCCAUCCCACCUCGGGUGAGAAGUUUGUCCAGAAACAGAUCAAAAAAAGGAGCAGAGUCCCGAUGGCCGAGUUCAGGCGUUGGAUCGAAAAUGAGAUCGAGAUUAUCAGAAAGGUUUCCUCAAACCAUCACAUGGUUAAGAUCUUCGCACAGUACUGGCUUGAAGCGGACGGCACUCAUGACCUAGUAUUAUAUCCCUUUGCCAACCAGGGGAAUCUCAGAGACCUCUUGGCGGCCUUCAGCACUAGCCCCGAUCAAACCGCUAUCCUCCGACGAAUUUUUGGCUGUCUCGCCAGCUCCUUGGACUUUUUACACACCCGUGAAAUCUUCGCCAGACAUAAAGACAUAAAGCCCGAGAAUCUGCUCAUCCAUAAUGGGCAACUAGUUGUGACGGGUUUUUUUGGUAUCGCCCAAGAUGAGGAGCCUCGAAACGGGAAAGCCGACGUGUUUUCCGCCGGCCUUAUAUACCUGGAUAUCCUUGCGGCCUUCUUACCACCACUGAAACCGAUAGUGGACGAGAUGGACACUUACAGCAUGCCGACACAGAUGGCCGUACUCGAAAAGGUCCAGGCUAUUCUAUACAUGCAUGUUGCCUUGGAAAAUACCGGUCCAAUAUCCCCAAUCAUUUUUAUGGUCACUGCUGCCAUGCUCUGCUUUCACCCGAUCGAUCGGCCACCCGCGGCGGAAGUCCGCCAGAGGGUAGGGCUCUGCCAGGAGCUCUUUUGUGACCGGUGCAGUUUUGAAAGCCAGUCCGCUCUACUCAUCCAAAGAUCGCCCUUUGACUCGGAAUUCUUGUACGUCUCCUCGGCGUCCCUUGACCGGCACCUCCAGCACCUCCAGCACCUCCUAGCCCCAACGCAUUCCAUGCCUCUCUUCACGCAUUUCUGA